UCCCUAUGGAAGGGGACUAUGUAAGGUCUUUUAACGUCCGUGCUUUCGGAUCAUUGAGCUUUGUUUACACCACCGUGCAUUGGCAUGCGCCGGCUGCUCUUCCCGGCCUAGCCACCAAACGUAUUGGGUGGGCUCGAGACAUUAACGAGUAUCAACAGCUAGUUUGGGGUAAUGUGUAUAAACACAACCCCUUCGCCCUUGCUAUUCUCCGUCUUCUAGUCACCCCCCUCUCCUCCCUCCCCAAACUUCCUUGUUCCUGGCUACCAUUAGAUAUUGCACGUCGGUAUCCAUUUCUUCCGAUGAGCGCCCUGCACCUUUGAGCAUACACUCAACAGCACUGUGAUCGCUGGAAACAUUGCUCCAUGGCUACCGCAUAUCAUCCACUCCCGGGGGAAUUGAACGCUUUCCGCCGUGGCCGCAACAGAUCACAGACGACCGUUGGCUUGCCGUCGUCACCCCAAACGAAGCGAGCUUCAUCAUAUUAUCCACCGAGAGAACCGGCAACGCCAGACGACACAAACCCUUUCUACCUGGACCACACUUUGGAGGACGGGGCCUGGCGAGCUUAUCAGCCGGGCGCUCGCGAUGUUAGAUUCAGUGAGGAAGCUAAUCAGUAUUAUAUGUUAUCCUCCGUGAAGCCCGGAAAAGAGCUUCCAGUCUCUAACGCCAUCCGUGGGGGGUCUGCAAGAUCUCGUACUAAUAUCAAUCGGUCCACACUAUCGGUGGUCGAACUGGAACACCAGCUCGCCCUUCAACAGGUUACACCCCAACCGUGGGGCCACUCCAGCCAUUACAGUCAAGGCUCCUUUGGAUCCGUAUACACGGAGGUUACCCCGGACUUGACCCCAAGCAGCUCCUUCUCUUCGAACUACUCUGCCCCAAUACACCCUGACAUCAUCUCAAAGGCGGGUGAGCAGUUUGCUCGUCAUUCCUAUAAAGAUACGACAUCCGGUAACCAGGCAGUCCUCUACCAGUCGACGGCCCAGAAUCGUUCUCGAACGAUCCUACCUGCUCAGCAGCCAGCUACCCCAACCCGAGAAGCUAGUCUUCGAACUGUUCCAUCCAACGCGUCGUCUGACACUUUAGUCAUGCCUCUGCCAGACGCUCAAGAGUCCCCUCGUGGAAAGCCCCUGCCAUCCCUUCCUCCCGUUGCGCGCAACGGGAAUACUCUAGCAAAUAGAAGAGUACAACUGCCUGGUGGGAAACCCCCAAUUGCACCAUCAAUGAUUUCUCCUCCCUGCCGCAUCAACCCCGUUACCAUGGAGCCUCACACCACCCACUUUGAUCAAGCAUUGUUCAUCCCGGCCAAUGACUGCCCCAGUCCUGUUCCAAGUCCGGGCCCUAACUCUCCUUCUAUAGAACGGCAAGCUGGUUUUGGGCGGGAUCGGCCGUCCACGUCCACGUCUGAAAUGGUUUGUGAACAGUCAGUGUGGGAAUCGGACUCCGACGGUGAGGGCAUGGAUCCGAAGUCGCUGUCGCGCAAGCCCAUCGAUACGCUCAAAAAGGUCCGCAGCCGUGUGCACCUACGGGUGGCCAAAUCGGCCCCAAAACUUCAGAACUCAAACAACAACACCCCGGUUCUGGAAAAGUUCCCGACGAUGCCGGAGCAGCCUCCGGAAGAACGCUAUCCACCGCCUUCAAGGUCAAUCGGCAAAGCUCGACUGGCCGAUAUAUACCCAUCUGCACAACAAAGCCUGCGCCUGGUGCCUCCUUCCACGACGUCUCUUGUACCGCCGAGAACACCAAGGUCCCGUCAGAACAGCAAGGACGAGCGUCCCAACAUUGACAUGGAUCGAUCCACGGCCGCCGCCGCUAUGCAGGCGAAAUCGAGGCGUAAACCUCAGUCCAACUCACCCCAAACGUCCCUAUCAACCCACGGGGAGAAGAUAUGUACCAUGUGCCGCGAGGAGCGGUCGGAUAAAGCGCUGCACAGCCUAACACUGUCACGGCAACCUCUCUACAAGCGGGUGUGGGAAUCACUGCGCGUGCUCGGCUGUCAUGGGGAUAUCUCGCCUCCUAGACCCCGCAAGGCCAUGUAAAUUGUCUUGUCUUUUGAUUUGAUGCUGAGCUUUUAUGAGUUUGAAACCGGUGUGACAAGACUUUCUAAAAGCGAUGGUAUUUACGACAAUCUUUUCUCGUUUGACCGUCCGGACGAUAACGAUGACGUUUGUUCUCUAUAUAAUGUCUUAUGAAGC